ACAUUAUCAGCUUUUAGUGGCGACACUUGGUUUAUGGAAAUUUGUGCAAUGCUACCACUCAAGUCCAUGACACCUGGCAGUACUCACAUGCCCAGAUUGAAAAAGUUCAAUUCAAGAAAAUGAAAAGUGUACUCUUGGUUUGUAUAACCUUACCUACCCUACACACAAUGGAGCAACACACCCUUGAUCUGGUAGGCCAGACCUACUGUGUGACCGGAGCAACAGGUUACAUCGGUUCCUGGCUCGUUAAGUCACUUCUUGAAAAGGGUCAUAUAGUUCAUGCCGCUGUCCGCAAUCCUGAAAAGUGCGAUCAUCUGUUGACGUUAUGGCGAGGAGGUGAUCGGUUAAGAAUGUUUAAAGCUGAUUUACAUGACGAAGGAAGCUUUGAUGAUGCCGUACAAGGCUGUCAUGGUGUCUUUCAUGUCGCUGCUUCUUUGGAAACCAUUGUUCAAUGUACUGAUUUCAGUGAUGAAUAUGUUCAAUCUAAUGUCCUUGACCCUUCAAUCAAAGGAGCUUUGAACAUCCUAAAAUCUUGUUUGAGGUCAAAAUCUGUAAAACGGGUUGUUUUCACAUCAUCAAUUAGCACCUUGACUGCUCGUGACAGUGAAGGUGAAUGGCUGCCCAUGGUGGAUGAAUCUUGCCAGACACCGAUCAAUGUUGUUCGGAACAGGAAAUCAAGUGGCUGGGUUUAUGCACUCUCCAAACGUGUAACUGAAGAUGCUGCAUAUAAAUUUGCAAAUGAAAACGGCUUACAUCUUGUAUCUAUCAUCACAACCACUGUUGCUGGCCCUUUUCUCACUUCGACGGUUCCCUUGAGCAUUCGUGUUCUACUCUCACCAAUAACAGGUGAUCCUGUACUUCAACCUAUAUUGUCAGCUGUGAAUUCAAGAAUGGGUUCGAUUGCUUUGGUUCAUACCGAAGACAUAUGCAAUGCCCACAUAUAUCUUAUGGAGUGUGAUCAAGCAGAAGGGAGAUACAUUUGCUGCACUAAUAGUUGUACAAUGUUUGAAUUGGUUCAACAUUUAGCAAAAGUAUAUCCUGCCCCUAAUAUACAAAGAGUCGUAGAGGGAGAUAUAGGAUCAGUCCCUACUGAGAUAUCUUCAAAGAAGUUGAAAGAUUUGGGUUUUAGGUACAUGUAUGGAUUGCAGGAAGUUAUACAUCAAACAGUUGAUAGUUGCAUAGAGCAUGGCUUCCUAUCUUCAAUCAAAACAGAGGAACCAAAUUAGUAUACAAAGAGUACUAGUUUUAAUGCAUUGAGUGCAACAUAAGAAGCAGUUGUCAAGUAUUUUUCAGUCAUGAAAAUGAAAAGACAGGCAUCCAGUCAAGAAACUGAUGAGUCUACAUCACAGGAGUAAAUGCCAACAACUGCAUUCACAACAAAUCCUUUUCUAUUGUCUAUCUAUAUUGAAACUGCUUUCAUACAUUUAAAAUGUGUCUUUCACUCCAUAAUAAGCUACUGGAAACUAGACAUA